UAUAAAAAAAGUCUGUAAAGGGUGGUAAGUCUGGUACAUAUUUUAUUGGAAUAAACAUGACGUGAAAUCAUUUCGCUUUUAUGUCAUGAAGUGAUUAUUAACAUAUCUUUAAUAUAACUUUCAUGCUUAAUUUUUAGUGUUCGAAACAGGUCUUAUAAAUCGUAAUUUUACAGUUUCACUUUUGUUGAGCAAUAUGGCGUUCAUUUGUGCCAGCGUUCCAGUGUUCCUGUUUUUGACGCUGACCCUCUUCUGUUUUGCACAGUAUGGUACACUUUUUGAAUCAAACAAAAGUUGAGCAUGUAGAAACAGGAAGUGUAUGAGCAAACAGCUUACACUGUCAUGGGCCCUCCCCUCUGCAUGUUACCGAAGCCAGACCCAGGAGUGCGUCUUUUAGACUAUGUGUCGAGAAUCUCUAAGACGUGCAAAUUCCUCCAAAUCAAAUUACAGCAGAGGAGGACAAGAGAGGAGCUCGUCAGUCAAGGAAUCAUGCCGCCACUGAAGAGUCCCGCUGCCUUUCAUGAGCAGAGAAGAAGUCUGGAGAGGGCACGGACUGAGGAUUAUUUGAAGAGAAAGAUUAGGAGUCGUCCAGAGAGGUCAGAGCUGGUGAGGAUGCACAUACUGGAGGAGACAUCAGUGGAACCUUCUUUGCAGGCCAAACAACUGAAACUAAAGAGGGCUCGUCUGGCAGAUGACCUCAAUGACAAAAUCUCUCACCGGCCCGGCCCUAUUGAGCUCAUCCAUAAGAACAUCCUGCCUGUGCCCACCCUCUUAGGUACAGGUUCUCCAAAGGGUGAGAAUUCCUCAUUGGAUGAAGACAGCAGUGAUGGCUUAUCUCCUGAACAGCCAGGCAGCCAGGACUCUCCACUUAGCUCUGUCCCUCAGCACUCCCCUUCUGAUAUGCUUAAUCUGAACAGAAACCCUUCACCCACACAGUUCCUCGCUCAGCCUGCACCAUCUCUGCUAAAUGUCUCUGAGUCCUGUUCUCCACAAAACCUGACCAAUGGACCUGCAAUUGCUGCAUGUUCCCGUCCUCCUACUGGAUCUGCCAAAUCGCAUUCAAAGUCUAGUGUAGACCGGUCUGCCCAACGGACGAAGAAGCCUAAAGAGAACAAACCUAAAGUGAAGAAGCUCAAAUAUCAUCAGUACAUUCCUCCUGAUCAGAAGAAUGACCGUGAGCCCCCUCCCCAGCUGGAUUCAUCUUAUGCCAAGAUCCUUCACCAACAGCAGCUCUUUCUCCAGCUUCAGAUAAUCAGCCAGCAGCAGCAGCACUACAAUUAUCCCACCAUCCUACCUGCUCCACCCAAACUUGCUUCUGAACCACAGCCGCAGCAGCAGCAACCAGCCAAUGCUGGUCCUUCACCUUCUCGAUCGGUCCCCGCAUCUGUUGCCGCAUCAUGUCAAAAUGGAGCUAAUCGGUCAAGCCAGUCAGUGGCAGGAGGGGCCAAGCCAGGGGUAUUGCCUGCAAACUUGGAUGAAUUCAAAGUUGCAGAGCUUAAGCAUGAGCUGAAACUGAGGGGUUUAACUGUGUCUGGCACAAAGAACGACCUUAUAGAGAGACUGAAGAACUACCAGGAACAGAAUGGUGGUUCAGUACUAGCACUCAUAGGGACUGGACCUGGGAAAACGAUUCAAGUUCCUGCUCAGGAAGUGACGGCUCAGUCUUCCAUCUCUGUUCCUGGCACACCCCAGUCUAAAGACCCCCCUGGAAAUGUAGCAGCCUACUCAGUGGGAAUGAGAGGUGGUUUUCAAGCUGCAGUCCUACCCCAAAUCGCACGCUUCAACAGUACAAGCUCUUCCCCUCCUGUGUCUCCUACACCAUCUGAGCGCUCAGUGACUGGAAUGAGUGCCGAUGAGGCUAGCUGUAAUGGGGAUGUGUUUGGAGAAAUGGUUAGCUCACCUCUCACCCAGUUGAGUCUGCAUCCAUCCGCAGAGCAUCCAUCCCCAGUAAAAGAGGAGCCUCUUGGGCAGUCAGCAUGCUGUAUGACCCACCCCACUGCUGCCCCUUCUUCAUUUGCUCAGUCUCAUGUGCUCCCAAUUGCAGCCCUGUUGCCCUCAGCAUCUCUGGACAAAGACCAGAUGCUACAAGAAAAGGAUAAACAAAUCGAACAGCUGACCCGUAUGCUAAAGCAGAAACAGCAGCUUGUAGAGACUCUGCGCUCACAGCUCGAACAGGGCAAGCGUGGGUCGACCAUAGAGGAAAUGGACAUAACUGUUAAGACUGAAGGAGUAACCCUGGCCAACAGAGAGGGUGUGAAGGUAAAAGAGGAAGCAAAAGAGGACAUGGAGACAUCAGCAGAGCCACAGCCACAACCUCAGAAAAAGAUGCAAACACAAUGUUCUCAACAGACGCUGCUCAAACUUCAGCAGAUCCAUCGACUGCAGUUACAACAGCAGCAGCACAUGCAGUCAGAGCUGUCAAAACAGCAGCAGCACAUGCAGUCAGAGCUGUCAAAACAGCAGCAGCACAUGCAGACAGAGCUAGCAAAACAGCAACAGCACGUGCAGACAGAGCUGGCAAAACAGCAGCAGCAAAUGCAGACAGAGCAGUCAAAACAGCAGCAGCAACUGCAGACAGAGCAGUCAAAACAGCAGCAGCAAAUGCAGACAGAGCAGUCCAAACAGCAGCCGCCGCAGGCACUGCAACAACAGAAGCUGCAACAGCUUAUUAUCCAGCAGAGCCAGCAGAAGCAGCUACAGGCCAAUCAAAAAAAGCAGCAGCGGCCACAAAAACAGCAGCAGCAGAAACAACCAUUACAGACUCAACAGGUCUCCCAAGUGUUUGUCAACCAACAAGCUGGAACUCAAAUUACCACAUCGUUCCCACUGGAUCUUCUUAAAGCUCAUCCAACUCCUACUCUUGUCACAGAUGGUAAUGGUAACCAUUACCUCAUUGCACUUACCAAUAACAGUGUGGAUAAUCGGAACAGUGAAUCUCCACAAAACAAACCUAAUGGACGCAUCACCCUACAGAGAAUGCAGUCCACACCUGUCAAGCUCCCCAGCCAAUCACCCAAUAAAGUUGCACAUCCUAUGAGCAAAUCCCAACAGCCCCAACAAACUGCUCCAGUCAAACAGUCCACUUCAAAAGUACAAAAAGCAGGACUGCACUUACAAACUCCUCCUGUUCAGGAGUCAAGUCAGUCAUUGUCAUCCCCACCCAAACUUCAUCCUUUUAUCCUUAGCGAAGAGCCCCAACCUCUCAAGCCUAGUUCCCCUACAUCUCUCAAGGGAGAGGUAUGUCCAAGCUUUGACCGACACACUAUAUUUACACCUCCGUCUCCAAAACCGGAAUCCCAUAACCCCCAUCAUGUCAAAGAGAAUGGUUCCAACAAUCACCAUAUAGACGAUUUAUUUGACAUCCUCAUUAAGAGUGGAGAAAUCUCAGCAGGAUUCAAGGCUAAUCCGGACCCUUCUCUCUCGGAGCUGCACUCCAACCCUCCUUCUCCUCCAUCUUCCCCACUUCAUCUUUCACCCCCUUCUCCUCCAGCUGAGCCCACCCCUUCCCAUCAGCCUCCUGACACACAGCAUCGGUUCUAUUCAGGAAGCGGACGUCUAGAGGAUUUCCUGGAGAGCACCACAGGCUCACCUCUGCUUGGCGUGGAUCCUGAUGGCCCGCUCACUCUGAUCGAUGACCUCCAUAACCAAAUGCUGAGCACUUCUAGUAUUCUUGAUCAUCCCCAUUCCCCAAUGGACACCAGCGAGCUGAGCUUCUCCCCACACCCUACCAGCCUGGACUUUGAAGACCCUGUGCUUGAUGGCAUGGACUGGCUGGACAUAUCCAUGGGAGGAGGAAACAGCACAGGAGGGACAAUCCUAGUUCCACUAAGUUCCCAUACACCUCCCAGUGUUUUCUCAGCAGACUUUUUGGACAGUUCAGACCUGCAGCUCCACUGGGAUUCUUGUUUGUAGCUUUGGUCUUAAUUGCUUAGCAGGCACAAUGCAACCUAGCACCUUUGCUCAUACGCAGUGUACAGCCUUUACACAAAUGCACACAUGCACUCCAACAUACAUGCUGUUUAAAAAGCUAAAACCAUUGAAACUGGUGUAUGAUAUUUAUGCAUUGUACUAAAGCACUGAGUAUUACCCAAACCACCCUCAACUGAAUAUAAACAUGGUACAGUUCACUGUGUUCUCCAAAACGUAAUGUAUUAACCCUAACCCCGCCCCAAUGCCUCAGAAAAAUCCCAUAAUUAUAAUUGUCAAGCAUUUUCCCUUCCCAGUAAAAUGGUUGCAUCAUUCGCUUGGGUGGCUAUGUAAUGGGGAUUUUUGAGCUCCUACAUCUGGUUCCUCGUGGCCCUGAAUAAAUAGUGUUUGAACCCUGGCAGUUUCUUAAUGUCAGGAUUUUCUGGAGUUAUACAGAAAGACACUGUUUAACUGUACCUCCCUCAUGCCAUAUCGCUUUCACUCCAUCAUACUUUCUCUGCUGGCACUGAGAGACCUGGGCACAUUAUGGGAGGAAAAAUUAAUCAGAGAGAGAGAGAGAGAGUCUCCACCUAAUUUCUAAGACUGGCUUUGGAAUAGGUUCCCAAACGCCAGUGCUUUCAACUUUGCACUUACGCUGACCUGACCAGUGUUUUGGUCUAAAGAAACCUCCAAUCGAACAAACUCUGCUGGGAAGUGGGUUUGGUGAUGAUCACCUUACUCUAUGCAUUGCUGUAUUUGAGGUUCAUGUUAAUGACUUAAGCCUUUCUCUUCUCUGAUUCCAUAAAUGAGCUACUGGACAUCAUGUUUGGGAUUCAGAUAUCAAAAUAUUUGAAAUUAUUAUUUUUUAAAAAGAAAAAAAAACAAAAAAAUAUAAAUAAAAGAUGGAAAUGA